AUGACCCUCCUCGACCCCGUCGGCGCAGCACCGCACCGGAUUUUGGGGUUGGUGGGCAGCGCCGCCUCCGGCUUCCCCCCCGCCGAGGCGCCGCUGGGACUCCCUUCCGUUCCUCUGAGGAGAUGGUGGAGGGCGGCGGUGGGAGCCAUCCUCUCCGCGGUGAACUUUCUCGUCUUCGCCUUCCUGGAUCUGGCGGACCUCGCCCUCUGCCUCUUCUUCAGGAUUGCCGAUGACGUCAUCGAGGGGAAGUCUUCUCCCCCCUGUUACUGCUGGAGCGGAGGGAGGGGCAAGGAGAACCAGGAGGAAGAGGGGGUUUCGGAGACUCUAUACGGCAGGAGGAACAUCUUCUGGGGAAUCCGGCUUGUAAGGUCGUCGUCGUCGUCGUCAUUGUCAUCAUCUUCGAGGAAGAAGGGGAGCGUGAAAAAGGGAGGAGGGAGAAGGUCGCCGAGGUGGUCUGACUGCUGCUGCCAGACGUGCAUCUCCUGGACAGAGAAGGGAGAAGAGAAGCUCCAUCUCGUCCUCAGGGAGCCGCCAACUCAAGGUAUCGUGGAAGCGACAUCUCCUUCUGCAUAUUUCCGUUUCAAGAAUUAUAACUAAAACUCUACUUAUGAUAGUCAAAGCGUUCAUUUUUAUGCAUAGUUGGUGCCUCGAUACCAAACCAGGGGAGAAUCCGCCCAUCUCUCCCUGAAACUAAUCCCAUGAAUGCACAAUCUGAAGCACCUCAGUGCCUGAUAUUUUCUAAAUAUCUCGCCUUAGAACUUUAUUAUAGGGGCCCGGUUAUAAAGAAUCCCUCUCCGAAAUGUUGCAAUCUCCCUUUUCCCAAGUUUCUUUCUGGGAAAUUGAUCUCUUUCAAGAUAAUGGUGGAUCAAUAUCGAUCUUCACCUCCGUUCUCCACCUGUCAAUCUGGAUCCAGUGCAAUGGUCCCCAUACCAAUCUGGGGCAUUUACACUUUAAUUAUUUUUUAUAUCUUGUAGGAAAAAAAUAGUAUUUCAGUAAAUUCCAUACAUCACAUCGUCAUCAUAGAAAUUCCCAUCAGCUGUCCAUUUCAAAAAUAUUCUUCCAGAUUUUCUCUCCUUUUUCCAGUGGAAGAUAUCUACGACCGUCUUUUUAACCAUGGAAAAAAGAUUUGUAUCAGGUUAAUGAGGGGGAAGAGGCUGAUGCGUUACCCUCUGUGUUGAGUAAUCUUUGCAGAUACUCACAGGCACUGCUCCGGGAGCUCAACUGAGAACAUAAUUUUCUUGCACGGGUUUCUCUCUUCUUCCUCAUUAUGGGCAGAGACGGUAUUCCCCAACCUCUCCGCCUUCGCCUCCGAGAAUUGCCGGCUGUUUGCUGUGGAUCUUCUCGGCUUCGGCAAGAGCCCCAAGCCCGGAGAUCGUCUAUACACAUUGAAAGACCAUGUAGAAAUGAUAGAGAAGACCGUGAUCAACCCAUUCCAAUUGGGCUCUUUCCAUUUAGUCGCGCACUCGAUGGGCUGCAUCAUCGCCCUGGCAAUCGCUGAGAGACACCCAGGGUUAGUAAAGUCUGUCAGCCUUGUCGCUCCUGUGAGUAUCAUCUUCUUGCUAAAUUCACUAAAUUUAGUAAAGUUCUCGUCAUUCUAUUCAUCUGCUGAGUUUCCCUUUUAAUCUCUGUGACCAGCCUUGCUUUUCAUCUGGAGAAGUGACGAGCCACACCUUGCUGAGAAGAUUGGCACCAAAGGAGAUCUGGCCGCCGGGGAAGCUUGGGGUUUCUAUCAUGUCCUGGUAUGAGCACUUGGGACGGAGCAUCUGCUUCAUUGUCUGCCGCUACCACACCAAAUGGGAGUGGAUUCUCAGGCUGCUUACCAAAAGGUAUUAAAGAUAAUAUUUUGCAGCUGAUCAGGCUCCUCUGUACUAUUUAUACCCCCUUAAUUAUCCAGAAACUAGUUCAUUUCUUCUUUAAGAAGCUUUUUUCUUUUCUUUUCUUGAUCCAUAUCCUUCCAAAUCUGAGAGGCCGCGAGCUGAUUUCAGAUUAUUUUUACGCUUUUCUACUUGUUUAUCUAAUGGGGAAAAAAACCCAUUUUCUUAUUUAUUUCAUAAUAAAGAGAGGUGUGCAGGAGCCAAUUUGGCAUCAUCAAGCUCGAAUAUUUCUCACUGUUCAUAGGGAAUAACAAUUUAUGAAAGAAAAAUGGGGAUUAAAUUCUUUCUUGACCGUCCGAUCCAUCACAGGGACCUCAACUUCAAGAUGGUGGAUUUGACCAAGCACACUCAUCAUUCGGCCUGGCACACGAUGCACAAUGUGAUCUGUGGGGUGGCGAAGUCAACGGAGCGGUUCUUGGAGGCCCUGAGCAGAUCUGGAGUUCCUGCCUGCCUGAUCCACGGCUCUGAGGAUCGAGUCGUCCCUGUCGAGUAUGGGCACGCCAUGAAGCUGAAGGUUCCCCAUCUGGAUCUCCGGGUCAUCUCUGGUGCCGAUCACAGCUCUGUGAUUAUAGGCAGAGAGAGGGAUUUCACGGCCGAUCUGGAGAGGUUCUGGUUCUCCUCUGCGCUCUGA